UUGGUGUGUCGCCGCGGUGAAGCUGCCUGUCUCUGCCUGGCUGAGAGAUGCCAUUAAAGGCUGGAGGGUCUCCAUCUGACCGUGCUGGAGAUGGAAAUGGCGCGUUUGGCCGCAGGCGGGCUGUGGGGGCGCUUUCUGCUCUGCGUGCGUUCACGUUCAUACACUCCGUCCUGCUUUAAUGCACAGCGCCAUAUGACAACAGAUACGGGGGUUUAUUUAUACAAGUUGGGGUCCUGUUCCUCUGUUCCUAAAACGUAGUUAGUGUGUAGUAGUGCUCUUCUUGAAUAAAACAGCAGCUUGCGCGGUGUUGGAGCUAUUAUAGUGAGCUAUUAUAAACAGCUGAAUUUAGGAGAGAGAGAGAGAGAUACUGGAGUAGCUUAACAGUUAAUGUUUUAUUAUCUAUUAAGCUUUUAGCUUUUCUUUCUUGUGUUUUUGUUUGUUUUGCUGUAGUUAAGUUUAUUAAGGCAGAUGCGGCUGAAAUGCUGAAAUGAACACCAGCUGUGUGUGGUAAUAUGACAGGUCACAGGUACUUAGCUAGGUUAGCUAAUAGCUAGUUAACGAUAAAACACCGCAGCUCGGAUGUGUUUGUCGUUGGAACAGGUAAAAAAAACUGAUUUAAUUCGUUGGUAAAUGUGCGUAUGCGUUUCCACGUAUGAAUAAGCGAGAUCAAGUGUUCCUGUGCUCAGGCAGGGCUGAGCUAAUUGGAGGCUAAUCCUUUGCCCCCGGGGGGCGAGCCGAGAGCCCGGAGCGAGACUUCAUCUCUCCCAGCCCCUGUCCUCUGUUAUUCGGGGAGGAAACGCCUGGCUUCGGUGCGCGCUCUCUCUCACGCCUCAGCCAACAACAAAAAGAAGGAGCUAGAAAUAGAAAACACGCGAGGAAAAGACGAGGGGAUCGAUCUCAUGUUUUAAAAGAGGAGAAGGAAGAUACCACAGCAGCGAUGUCUUCCUCCAAGGAGGGAAGAAGCAUGUCUCGUCUCUCUCUGACCCGCUCUCCGGUGUCUCCUCUGGCCGCUCAGGGGAUCCCUCUCCCAGCUCAGCUGACUAAAGCCAACGCUCCAGUGCACAUUGACGUAGGAGGACACAUGUACACCAGCAGCCUGGCCACACUCACCAAGUACCCCGACUCAAGAAUAAGUCGGCUGUUCAACGGCACAGAGCCGAUCGUGUUGGACAGUCUGAAGCAGCACUAUUUCAUCGACAGGGAUGGAGAGAUAUUCCGUUACAUUCUGAGCUACCUCCGGACCAGCAAGCUGCUUCUGCCUGAAGACUUCAAGGAGUUCCAGCUGCUGUACGAGGAGGCCCGCUACUACCAGCUGAGCCCCAUGGUGAAGGAGCUGGAGCGCUGGAAGCAGGAGCGUGAGCAGCGGCGGACAUCUCAGCCCUGCGAGUGUCUGGUGGUGCGUGUGACCCCUGACCUGGGUGAGCGGAUCGCUCUGAGUGGCGAUAAGGCCCUCAUCGAGGAGAUCUUCCCUGAGACAGGAGAUGUCAUGUGUAACUCAGUCAACGCCGGCUGGAACCAGGACCCCACUCACGUCAUCCGCUUCCCACUCAAUGGAUACUGCAGACUCAACUCCGUACAGGUGCUGGAGAGAUUGUUCCAGAAAGGCUUUGCCAUGGUGGCAUCAUGUGGCGGGGGAGUGGACUCGUCUCAGUUCAGCGAGUACAUCCUGAGUCGUGAGGACAGACGCUGUCAGACCAUUCACACACCCAUCCGGAUAAAGCAGGAGCCGCUGGACUAGCAAGUCGAGCAGAAACACCUCAGACUGACCCUCAGCGGUGAGAGGCCGGCAGUGGACAGUAAGGAGAUGGCAAAAUGGAUCAAGUGUGUGCCUCUCUGCUGGACUUCUUGGACUAUUUAGGAGUUUGUGAAGAUGGAACUCUUAAUCUAGAUAAUAAAAAAACUCUUCAGAGACUGAAUUGACAGAUGUCUUGAUGAAAAAAAAAGAACAAAAACUGACAAAAAGAAGAAGUCUUGGCUUGGAGGAAAAACAGCAUUCUGUAUAUUUUGGUCUUCCACAUACCAGAGCAUACUCUUCCGGCAUUUACUUAGUCAUGACCUCAUCUGUUUUAAUGCAGAAAUCAAUCAUUUCUGCAUACCAAUCGCCCCUCGCCUCAGCACCACCAUUGGGAAAUAUUCUGAUCUCAUGUUCCAGUCUCUUUCUGUAAAUCAGUUCUUUGUGUGUGUGUGUGUGUGUGAGAUUCACCAUAUAUGAAGAAUGUGAGAACAGCACUGAGAACAAAGGCAUUUGAUUGCGAGUGCAGAGUGGAGGGGAGUUGGCUGCCUGGACUGGCCGCAGGCUGCAUGGCCUGAGCGUUAGGGCUACUAAUGCAUCCAGAGCCGCGGAGAGGGGCUGGCUGUUAGAGCACAGCCACAGGGAGACCUGUGCUUAUUUCAGGAGAGCUUUUCCAAUCUUCAGGAACACAGAGAGCCACCACAAAAACAAUGAUGGCUGGUAGUUUUUUUUUUUUUUAUUUAAGUCAGCAACAAUACUGUCAUCCAGUCUCAGAUAAGUUAAUAUCUCCACAUAAAUAUUUCGAAUUUACACGCCUGUAUAACUAUGGUGGCUGCAUUUUACUGAAGGGUGGCAUUCCUAAGGUUAAAGCAGGAUUCUUUUUCUUUUUAAUAAAAAUAAAAAAAAACUUUUCCAGGACACGCAGCUUAACUUAAUAUUUCCAGUUUAUGCUAGGAACUGUUACACAGCUGACAAUGUGUGUAACAAUGUGUGAGACACAUGUUAAACAGUGUCAAAUUCACCAACAAAAGUAUUCAUUUAUUGAGCAGUUAUUUACGUACCCAUCUAUGACAUUACACACUGUUAAACACGGUGCAGUGUAACAGAACCGUCUCCAUCAAAACUAAUAAUGCAUCAGACAAAAAUCUAAGUUUAAUCUUAACUUAGUUUAAGAUUAACUUUCUUCAUAUUCAUAUCAUAUCCUGUUUUUUUUUUGAAGUUUAUUUUUAUUUUAAAAUAGUUUCCAUGAAAACACAAUUCAGUCGGCUUAUUCUUAUUUCAAGUCAUAGUUUGUAUCAUUAGAGGUUGGGUGUAGGAGUCCUAUCAUAAACCUUGUGAAAAUUGUUAGCCUUCAGCAAAGUGUUAGCCAAAUGAUUAGAAACCUCUAAUCAAGAAAUAUCUGCUUGUGAAAUGAUGGUGGGUGACUUAUUUAUUACCUUUUAAAUCUGAGGUUGCUGUGAAGUGUUCUUUUGUUGAUGCUAUAAACAAUGAAAGAAGUGCUGGAUUGGAACAAUGGUUCUUCUAUGGUAUCGCUUAAAUAACCCUUUGAAGUGGAUUAAAUUCAAACUCAUCUGCAGAACACUAAAGAACAUUAAAUCAUAUUGAUAAAAGGUCAAAUAAAGCAAGCAAGCAGUGCUUCCUGGAUCCCACAGGAAGCUCUUUUCAUGAAGGCAGCAUUAGGUAGGGGAAAUGAGAGAUUACUCAGAUUAAUGAACACAGGGCUGCGAUACUGCUCUUCCUGCAUGGUCGGAGUUGCUGGCGGAGCUGGUCCUACCAGAGCAGAAGGGGGCUUAGUGUGCUCCUUGAGGGGCCCAUCAGGGCUGAGGCGGAAGGGCACGGGUCAGAGAGAAGCUAGACUCCUCCCCACACUGCCCCAGGAGCUGAGGUCACUUUCCCACAAUCCUUUUACUCACCCGGACCCCCGAGCCAAACAGGCCCAGUCAUAGGGAGGAGAGCGUACGGCGCGCGGGCAGCUGGAGGAAGAUGGAAAGGUUACUUAGGUGGCUGAGAAACAGCGAGCGAUGCUUAAUGUGUUGUAAAAAUGCACAUUUAAUAGCCCCAGUAUUCUUUAGGCUCUGUAACCUCAUUAAGAGGGCAGAGGUCACAGAGAUGCCACCAUGUUCUACAAGAUCAGGCGCUGAGUGUUGUCUUACUAAGACAGUAUGAACGUGCCGAGACCUUAUUCUUCACGCUAUCCACUGAAAGUGAUGCUCUGGUCCGCCCUGACCCUCAUGCAGUGGGUGUUGUGAGGGGGCUUGUUGCAAAUUUUACCAUCACAGUUAUAGCAGAUAAUACACUGUAAAAACAUGUCGUUUGUGUUGGAGUUUUUGGUAUUUCAUCAAACGAUAAAGAAAAUGCUUCCACCAGCCAUGCAACUGGAUUUCAGACCACAGACACAGAAAUGGAUCUCAUACAUACACUGAGAACUUCAAGAAAGGACUUCGGUAUGGACCAUAAAGAACUAAGAAAAAUCUUAAUUUAAAUACUGUUCUAAUGGAUGUUGUGUCAAAAAUGUAUAAUAUUACAGUAAGGUGCAAAUGUUAACUAUUAUUUAAAUAAAGCUCAUUACAUUUCUUUUUUUGUUCAUACAUAAUUAUUAAGAAACAUUGUAGUAGUGCAGGCAUGUGUUCACUAUCCUUUUGUAAUUGGUGUUGAUCAAAUGGACUUUUAAUAAAUUGUUGGACUUUUUUU